AGGUUCAACCUUGCACAUGAAGUUGAUGGACGGAGGAAAUCACUCAGCGGUGUCUGAAUUUGUGUUGCUGGGACUCACCAGUUCUUGGGAGCUUCAGAUUCUCCUUUUUGUGUUCUUCACAAUAUUUUAUGUAGCAAGUAUGCUGGGAAACCUUCUCAUUGUGCUCACCAUCAUCUCAGACCAUCACUUACACUCCCCAAUGUAUUUCUUGCUGGCAAAUCUCUCCUUCAUUGACACGGGUGUGUCCAGCAUCGCCACUCCAAAGAUGAUUUAUGACCUGUUCAGAAAGCAUAAAGCCAUCUCCUUGAAAGGGUGCAUCACACAGAUGUUCUUCAUUCACACUGUGGGAGGGACAGAGAUGGUGCUGCUCAUUGUCAUGGCCUAUGACCGAUACGUGGCAAUCUGCAAGCCCCUCCACUACCUGACCAUCAUGAGCCUAAGAAUGUGCAUUUCUCUUCUGACUGUGGCUUGGACCAUUGGACUUAUCCACUCUGUAGUCCAACUGGCUUUUGUUGUAAACUUGCCCUUUUGUGGAAGCAACAAAAUGGAUAGCUUUUACUGUGAUUUUCCCCGGUUUAUCAAACUUGCAUGUACAGAUACAUACAGACUGGAGUUUCUGCAUGACGUAGCCCCAGAUAAAUUUAGAUCAGUGGAUAUGACUUUGGAAAUCAAACACAAAAAACUAGCUUUACGGCUUGUGGUGGGAGGUUGCACGGUUGUGGCGAUUGAAAUGAGGGGCUUGGUGGUCUAG